CGGUGUUGGGGUAGAGGAAAGUAGCUAGCCUGGUGGCUAACGUCAUUGGAAACUGGAGUGCCGUUAAACGGAGUAGUUUGGGAAGAAAGCCUGUCGCUACGCCAUUGAAUACAGCUCGGUUUAAACGUGUGGUCGCCAUGUCAGAGACAUACGAUUUCCUGUUUAAGUUCCUUGUGAUUGGCAGCGCGGGGACUGGGAAAUCCUGCCUACUUCAUCAGUUUAUUGAGAAUAAGUUCAAACAAGACUCCAAUCACACCAUUGGUGUGGAAUUUGGUUCGAGGGUCGUCAAUGUUGGUGGAAAAACGGUUAAACUGCAGAUCUGGGACACAGCAGGACAGGAGCGCUUCAGGUCAGUGACUCGUAGCUAUUAUCGGGGCGCCGCUGGGGCUCUUCUUGUCUACGACAUCACAAGUCGAGAGACCUACAACGCUCUGACCAACUGGCUGACGGAUGCUCGGACGCUGGCCAGCCCCAACAUUGUCAUCAUCCUUUGCGGGAACAAGAAAGAUUUGGAUGCAGACCGUGAGGUCACCUUCCUGGAAGCAUCUCGUUUUGCUCAAGAGAAUGAGUUGAUGUUUUUGGAGACGAGCGCAUUAACUGGAGAGAAUGUUGAAGAGGGUUUUCUCAAAUGUGCCCGCACGAUUCUAAACAAGAUAGAAUCUGGUGAGCUGGACCCUGAAAGGAUGGGUUCUGGUAUUCAGUAUGGUGACGCGUCCCUGAGGCAGUUGAGGCAGCCACGGGGCUCUGCUGCACAAACCAAGCAGCAAUGUAACUGCUAGGGACGGGACGCACUCCCUUUCCCUGCGCACAACCUCUCCUGCUUCAGCUCCAGGUGUGUCUGGGUGUCAUCGUUUCCCUCUCGAACCUGCUGAGACACUUAGAAACAUCUGGAUCACUUUUUAUGAAGUCCAUCUGCAACCACUGAGCUUUGCGGGUGGCCUUAGCAGCCAUGGAAAGGCACCUCUGAUCAAGUCGAGGGAUGGUAAAAGUGGUGUGGAGGAAUUUUGCAGAUUUAACCUUAUCCUGUGAUGUGUGUGUGUGUGUGUGUGUGUGUGUGUGUGUGUCCACAAACACAUUCCCAUUGUUUGUGUAGAGUAAACAGUCAUCAGCCUAAUCUCUAUGCACUGGGCUGAAGUGUAGAUGAUAACAUUUUCUCGCUAUUUCAUACAAUGUCACUGACGACAGCGCAUUAGUUGACUUGCGUAGCCCCUGUUUAAAUUAAGGCUUUUUCCAAUUCUUAGUAGAUAUUAACAAUAUCAACAUGGUGGCUGGUUGGAGCCGGUCUAAACUCCUAUUCUGUCUGGACAGACCAGUUUUGGAGAAAGUGCUGUUUCCGUGAAUACCGCAGCAUUGCCCUGGCUUUGAGAUGAUCUUGCUCGUACAGUAUAAGCUGUGCGUUUAGUGUAGGUGCAAUAAAUGUAGGCUAAGCCUUAUAUAAUUCUAUUUCCUGUAGAUCAUUGCACCUAAAAAGAAAUAUUUGCAGCUGAGAACUCUAAGCACAAAGGGGAGAUGGUUGAUCUGCCCCUCCAGAAUUGUUGAUCAUUAUCCAGUGCAUAUCAGCUGUUCACUGCACAAUGGCUUGUGUAGGUUAUCACGUUGAGCUCUUAACCUUCAGAAACCACUUUGCAUUGGUGCAUUAUUAUUAUUAUUAUUAUUAUUAUUAUUAUUGGCUGUUAUUUAUUGAUACAAAACAGACCACUAACCUUCUUCUGAGUAUAGAUUUUAUUAUUUUAUUGAUUUAUCCAUAGACAGAAAGACAGCUUGAUGUUGUAUAGUUGAAUGUCACCAAGCUGUCACAUGGCCCCAAAAUAUAGCGCUCUAAUAUAACGUUAAAAUGCGAGGAAAUGUGUUUACUGCACUUUUUUUUUUUUUUUUUUUUUUGCACAGAAAUCCAGAAUAAUAUGGUCCCAAAAGAUUUCAGGAAGCUUUUUGCACUGUGUGAUAAAUUGAGAACCAUCACACACACCACAGAGACCAGAAACCAUCUUCACAUGGCCAGGUGCUUUCACAAACACCCUCAACCAGGGGAAUGGCAGUAUGAAUGGUUGGAUAUGUUUGUUUUCCUUCUCUCUCACGUCAGUCCUUUUUCAGCUUCUGUGUUUUAAAUAUCAUGUCUGUGAUAUGUCCAUGUUCUCUUUCUGUUGUUUUUUUUUUCCCCCCCCUCUUUCUUUCUCUCUGCAAGUGCACUUUUUGACUGUUAUAUACUGUAUCUAUAGAAUUGUAAAAUUUGCAGUAAUCUAAAUACUAUACAGUGAAAAAUGAUAGAGUAAUCAUUCCUUACUAAAUAGGAAUUAAGCCUAUAAGAGUGGUCCAAAAUGAUGAUCCUGUUAUUAGUGUAGGUAGUCGGUGAAGACGGUGUGUUGCAAAAUACUGAGCAGUUUAGUUGAAUUUUCACACUGCCUGCAUGGCCUCGGUUCACCGACUACAUGUCUGUUCAACUUGAGGGGUAGAAAUCAUUUGAAGGGGUUACACUUAAGGAUUUAACACCUUUUUCUACCCAACCUGUUCUGAAAUGUUGUAGUAUGAUGGUUGGGCAUUUACAGACAAUAAAUCACUUGACAAACAACAUUUCACAACAGCAAAUUGGCACACGUUGAUUAUUUUUGGGCUGAUUGUUCCUGUAAAUUAGAAUGGCGAUCAUGUAUAUGGCUCACACAACACGAGCUUAAACAUAUUACUGCUAACCAAAAAUAUGAAACCUGGUCUAUUUUUGUUGGUUUUGACAGCAGUGUCUCUGACUACAUCUGUCUUUUACUCUGGAGUUUUGAGACUUGCCCAUGUACUGCAGAAACUCAUUUGUUGCUUAGCAACCAGUGUGGUUUUUGUUGACCCAUGAAUACUGUAUAUCUGACUCAUCCAUGAUGUAAAUAAUAUUGAACUUGUCUGUUGGAUUGUUUUGCGGAGGGUGCUUGUUCAAUUUUAAGGUUUAACGUCUAUAAGUAAAGACUGCUUGUGUUUUUGUUUUUUAAA